CUUCUCCUCUGCAUCUUCACCUUCGCCAUGGUCCUGGUCCCUGAAGCGAAGGAUCAAGGCAAGGCAGCAAAGGGCAGGAGAAGGGGCCCGGCGCGGGCCCCCACAGCUGCCCCUGCCCUCACCUGGGCACCGGAUGACCCCUACACCACCAUGGCAGACUAUGAGCGCAGCAUCCAGGACGUAGCACGCCAGCUGAAGAACAGCUCUGAGCCGGGUGACACCAAGUGCCAGGUCAACUUGAGGCUCUGGAGGUCCAACCGGAGGAGCCUGUCCCCCUGGGCCUACAGCAUAAACCACGACGCAGCGCGGAUCCCAGCAGACAUCCCCGAGGCCCGGUGCCUCUGCACUGGCUGCAUUAACCCCUUCACCAUGCAGGAGGAUCGCACCAUGGCCAGCAUCCCCAUCUACAGCCGGCUGCCCGUCCGACGGCUGCUCUGCCAGGGGCCAGACGAGGUGGGGCACAAGCCCUCUGGGAAGAAGUGUCACAAGAAGUACCAGAUGGUCAUGGAGACCAUUGCUGUGGGCUGCACCUGCAUCUUCUGA